CUACUAUUCAUCUCGAGUCUUUACUUCUCCAUACUUACUCAACACACCAUAUAUCAUCAUGUCGAGCACCAACCCCAAGGAUACGCGCCCGCCGCCCAAAGACUUGUCGCAUCAUCUUUCCCGCAAUGCCAAGAGUAGACAGCCUAGCUCAAUCAAGCAGUUCUACAAGUACUUUCAGAUCCCAGGAAUCGGUCAAUUAGCUGGUGGCCUACCAAAUCAAUACUACUUCCCAUUCGACACACUAGAGGCAAAGGUCGCCCUGCCUGAGAGAUGGAAGCCAACCGACAACAAGCCAGUUGACCCUCCGUCAGCCGCCACCUCGUCUCUCAAGAAUGGAAGCCCUCUUCACCAAGCCCAAUCAGCAUUGAAGGUCCCUCACACAUCUCACGAGCAGAACCCACUCAAGAAGAUUGAUCUGGCUUCCGCUUUGCAAUAUGGUCAAGCUCAGGGAUAUCCACCACUUUACUACUUCAUUCGCCAAUUUACCCAAGAGAACCUCCACCCCAACUGUCCUUACAAGGGUGGUCCUGAAGUCGUCCUUACCUGCGGAAGCACCGAUGGUUUCUCCAAGGCUCUCGCCGCCUUGUCAAACGAAUGGAGUGAAGAGAAGGAUUGGGUUCGCGACCGUCAAGGUCUGCUUGUCGAGGAGUUUUGCUACAUGAACGCCAUCCAAGCCGCCAGACCCAGAGGUCUCAACAUCGCCCCUGUCAAGAUUGAUGACGAGGGUAUGCUUGCUGAGGGUCCUGGUGGUCUUCGUGAUGUCCUUGAGAACUGGGACUACAAGAAGGGAAAAAGACCUCACCUCAUGUACACUGUCACCAUGGGACAGAACCCCACAUCUGGUGUCCUCUCCCUCCAGCGUCGUCGUGAGCUUUAUGCUCUUUGCUCCAAGUAUGAUGUUAUCAUUGUAGAGGAUGACCCAUACUGGUACCUGCAGUUCCCUUCUUCAACCAACUCCGAGAGAGUCUUUACUCCGCAAUCAUCCAAGUGGAAGUCCUCGGGUUACGACUUCCUCGACUCGUUGGUUCCUUCAUACAUCAAUAUCGAUACUGACGGUCGUGUCCUUCGUCUUGACACGUUCUCGAAGACUGUGGCUCCUGGUUGCCGUCUUGGUUGGAUUACCGGACAGCCUGACCUGAUUGAGCGUAUCCUACGUCUAACCGAGACAAGCACUCAGCAGCCCUCCGGUUUCGUGCAGUCCAUGAUUGCUGAACUGAUCAUUGGUCCUCAGGCUGAUGAUGUUGAUCCGGGCAAGGGUCCUUCCAACGGCAAGGGUUGGAGUACUGCUGGAUGGGUCCGCUGGCUCGAGGGCCUUCGCGGUAACUAUGAACGUCGUAUGAACGACAUGUGCCGUGUUCUGGAUACUGGUCGUGAGCUCGUCAAGGUCGGCCGCCGCAGCUCUCUCAGCAACCUCUCGCUCGACUCUGACGACGAGUGGGCUGUCGUCCAGACCACAACAGCCUACUCCUUCGACUGGCCUGUCGGUGGCAUGUUCGUCUGGGUGAAGAUGCACUUCGAGACUCACCCUUUGAUCAACAAGGUUCCCGGUGCCCGCCUCUCGCGUGCGCUUUGGAUCUUCUGGACCAUCAAGCCUUACCUCGUCCUCGUCUCUCCUGGUCUCAUCUUCUCACCUACCGACGAGAUUCGUAACAAGGAUGGCUACAAGUUCUUCCGUCUGUGCUUCGCCGCCUGCGACGAGAAGGAGAUUGAACCCAUCAGCCACCGCUUCGUGGAUGCAGUCAAUGAUUUCUGGAAGAUUAAGAGUGUCAAGAAGAUUGACGAACUGUUGGAAGAAGAAGGAACUUCCGUUGAGCAGAGAGCUGGAGAGGCUGACAUGGCCAAGUUGGCUAGCUUCAUGGGUCCUUGCUAGAUUAUUGAGCUUGGAAAAGCAGGCGUUAUUCGGGUGCUAGGAAGCAGGUUGGAUACAACAGAUUGCAAACGUACAUGAAUGAUAUAAUGGAUAGGCGAUAUAUGAAGCAAGUUGACACCGAA